GCAAUUCAAUUUGUGUAGGUCAUUCUGCGUACAAUUUGGGAUGUCUGACGUACCUGUGAUUAAUAUCCCGCUUCAUGGACAGGAUCAUCUAUUUACUUUCUGGAAUGAGCUCAAUGCUAAUGAGCAAUCUGAAAUCCUCAAUGAUAUUUCAAAGAUAAAUUUUCCUGCUCUCGGUCGCUUAUUCGAUGUAAGUCUUUUGUAGUUGUAUCAACGAUUAAAAAAUGUGAAUGAGUCAUUAUUUUGCUACCAAAAGACCGUAUUUUAUCAGCCUUUUCAUCAAACAGUACUACGUCAUCUGCAAUUGCAAGUCAAUAGGUGGACCCCAUGGUAGGAGGAUUGCAAUCCCUGAAAAUUCGGUCGAUAAGACAGUUAUUUCCUUUUUCAAGGAUAACCUACACUAAAAUAAUUCUUACUCCUCCAAAUCGCUCUUCCGGAAUCGAUGACAAACUCUUUCCACCUGAUUCAAAAAUAUGUAAAUCUCUGUCGGAAUUGCGCACUUCACAACCUCGCUUGCUGGAACGCUAUUUCAGUAUUGGUUUGCGGGCAGUCAAUGAAAAUAAAGUGGCGGUUCUACUGUUAGCGGGUGGUCAAGGGACACGACUUGGUGUUUCCUAUCCCAAAGGGUUGUAUAAACCAAAUUUACCAUCAGGUCGUUCAUUAUAUCAACUUCAAGCCGAGCGUCUUCAUCGUGUUUGUCAAAUGUGUAAAGAAAAGUUUGGUAAAACUCCUUCGAUAACUUGGUAUAUUAUGACUUCUGAGCACACAAAAGAAACAACUGUACAGUUCUUUGAAUCAUCUAAUUAUUUUGGACAUAAUUGUGAUAACAUAGUAUUUUUUGAACAAUACACUCUUCCGGCCUUUUCUGUAGAUGGAAGAAUCCUGUUGCAAACUAAGUCUAAACUAACAUCAGCUCCAGAUGGAAACGGUGGUUUGUACAGGGCUCUUAAAGAACGUGGUAUUCUCGAUGAUAUGAAAUUAAGAGGAAUCGAAUAUGUCCAAAUUUAUUGUGUUGAUAAUAUUCUGGUAAAGGUACCUGAUCUCCACUUUAUUGGAUACUGCAUCGAAAAUAAUGCAGAUUGUUCUGCGGAAGUCGUUCAGAAGCUAGACCCAGAAGAACCGCUUGGAGUUGUUGGAGUAGUGGAUGGUCAGUAUCAGGUCGUAGAAUAUAGUGAGAUAUCUCCCGUUACAGCAUCCUUACGUGUAAACCAAUAUGACUCUCAUAAUAGUGCACACAAUUCAAAUGACAGUGAAACCAGUCGUUUAGUUUAUAGCCAUGGCAAUAUUUGUGUACAUUUCACAACGAGAUCAUUUUUGGAACGCGUUUGUCAGGAUGAUAUACAAAUGAAAAUGCGCUAUCAUCGAGCUCAAAAGAAAGUUACUUGUAUAGAUUUGCAAACAGGAGAAUUGAUUGUCCCUCAAAAACCGAAUGCAAUCAAAUUUGAAAAAUUCGCAUUCGAUGUUUUUCCAUUUGCUAAACGAUUUUUUAUAUGGGAAGUUCCUAGAGAUGAACAAUUUUCUCCGCUUAAGAAUGGACCAGGUGCAAUUAAGGAUUGUCCUAGAACAGCGCGACUUGAUUUACUUAAUUAUCAUACUCGCUUAGCAGAAAAUGCUGGUGCAAUACUAGUAAAUGAUAGUUCUACGUCUAAUGGGAAUGGACACGUAGAUAGUGUUCAUGACAAGCCUUUAAUUGAAAUUUCACCUUUGAUUACUUACAAUGGUGAAAACUUAACAUGUCUAAAAGGUGUUAAAAUUCAUGGUCUCAAUCGUUUGGAACAAGACAAAGAAACCGGUAAACCAAUUAUAUUUUCUUGUGAAAUUAAUGACAGUAUCUAGUCAAGAUCUGUAUGGAUUUUUUUUAGCACUGAUAUAUUCAAUAACCAUACAUACAAAUGGUCUUCCGUAGGUAACAUAUUCGGCCACUUUCAUGCUGUGAUUUUUCUAUGAGGUGUUUUGUUUCAUAUAUUUUAAACAUUCCAUAUUACAACCUGUUUUUGUAACUGUUCGCUUGUAUGUUAAUGUUCGAAAUUAUCUGUUGUAAUGUGAUUUUUUUAAAAAAAAUGUUGUGUACAAUCAAUGUGAAAUUCAUUCUUUUUCAAUCCUAUGUUCAUUUUAUUUUUUAAUUGUGCUCAGUGAUUGUUAUUGGUUUCGUUCUCAUUAAUCUAUGAUACUAAGCUAUACUGUUGUUAUCUUCUCUAUCACUUAUCAAUUUGUUUUAUAACUUUUAUUCUUAAAAACAAAAUUGACAUUUGUAACUUUAUUUUCAAUAGAAAGUAACCGUUAUCUUCGGGGUGAUUUUUUAAAAAGAGAAAAUUCGUUUGCCUUUGUUCAUAUUAUGACCUUUGCCCCUGUUGGUUGUCACGUGACAAAAUCGCCAAUCAGAAUACCGACUUAUAUGAACUUGUUCUUGUGUUAAACAAUGACACGUUAACCAACGGCAGCAGCCGUACGUCAACCCUGAAUCUCUAUUGGUCCUCAAACUAGUAACUUCUCACCUAGCCCUACCUGUUGAGUCCAGAACACAAUCUCAGCCUCCAACGUAUGAAUAAUAUAUUUCAGAUAUACGUAGUUUAUAUAAAGACAAACCAAACUGCAUCAUACCAUAAAAUUAAAAAACAACAAUUAGGCAAUAUCAAACCAAAAGUGGUUGUAAAUGUGAG